UUUCAGUGCGUGAUCGGCGCUCAGACUUGCAACUUGUUGCCCCGGGAAGUUGAAAGACGGACAGACAGCGCGAUAGUGCCAAAGUCGGGCGAUUAUAAAUCGGUAUAUUAGUAGUUGUUCGCGGCGCAACAAUAAAUAAUCAGCUCGUGUGGCGAUAAGGAUAGGUUCCACAGCCUAUAAAGUUGCCCUGCUAUAUAAGGAAAACGCUCCCCACCAUGCAGCCAGUUCUGGAAGCGAGCACUUACACGCUGCUCAGGAUGGCGUUCCUCUGGCAGCUGAUCUCGGCGGCGAUCUAUCUGGUGGGCCUCCUCUGUGUGGCCACCUUCCUGUACGACAACCUGAAGUCCCUGGUCAGCAUCGUCAAGGCCGUUCUGGAGCCCUACUUCCAGCCGCAGUUGCCGAAGACCUUGGUGGAGAAGUACGGACAAUGGGCAGUGGUGACUGGAGCCACCGAUGGCAUUGGAAAGGAAUACGCCAGGGAGCUGGCCCGUCAGGGUCUCAACUUGGUGCUCAUCUCGCGGACGAAGGAGAAGCUGAUUGCCGUCACCAAUGAGAUUGAGAGCCAGUACAAGGUGAAGACCAAGUGGAUUGCUGUGGAUUUCGCCAAGGGCCGCGAGGUAUACGAUCAGAUCGAGAAAGAACUGGCGGGUAUUGACGUUGGCAUUUUGGUUAACAAUGUGGGCAUGAUGUACGAGCACCCCGAGACCCUUGACAAGGUGUCGGAGGAUCUGCUGUGGGACCUGCUCACCGUCAACAUGGGAUCGGUGACCAUGCUCACCCGCAAGCUCCUGCCCAACAUGAUUGGCCGCCGAAGGGGAGCCAUCGUCAACCUGGGAUCCUCCUCGGAACUCCAGCCCCUGCCCAACAUGACCGUCUAUGCGGCCAGCAAGAAGUUUAUCACCUACUUCUCCAAGGGCCUGGAACUGGAGCUGGCCGAGCACAAUAUCCAUGUGCAGCUGGUGAUGCCCAACUUUGUGGUGACCAAAAUGAACGCCUAUGCCGAUCGGGUGAUGCAGGGAGGUCUGCUUUUCCCCAACGCCUACACCUAUGCCCGCUCCGCCGUCUUUACACUGGGAAAAACGAGCGAGACGAACGGUUUCUGGACUCAUGGGAUUCAGUACGCCGUAAUGAAGCUGGCUCCCUUGCCGAUUCGCACAUUUGUGGGCCACCAACUUUUCAAGCGGCUGAGAAUCGAGGCCCUCGAGCAGAAGCAAAAGAAACUGAAGCUUAUUUAACUUGUUAGGCUAGGUUAGGUUUAAUGUAAAUAUUUGGUUCUUAGUCUUAAGGCUUAAGCUAUUAACUCGAAAAACAAAGCCAUGAAAAAAAUAAAAAUAUGAAACAAAAGAUAAA